AUGCGCUGCUGGAGGGGGCGGCUGAGCUUGCAGGCGUUGCGAGGAGAGGCUUGGGCGGCCGCGGUGAGCGAAGCGAAGAGGAAGCAACCCCUGUGGGAUGGCGAGAGGAGCACCUGUGGUUUCCAGGGCAGAGCUUCAACGAUCAGGGCGAACGAGCAGCAGCGAGGAACGCUGUGUAGGGCAAAGCACGCGCCUGCCUUGCAAGCAACCAGCUCCCCAGACUUAAAUAGCAGGUUAUUUUCUAGCAAUGCAGGGAACGGGGACGAGUCGGAAGGGCAGGUCGAUCCUCUUGUUUCCGCCCCGCCGGCAUUUCAGGGGGUCUCUGCUCAGCUCGCCGGGAACCGUAGGAAGCGGGCAUGGGAAAAAUCCCUUUCCCCCUUGGAAAGAGUGAGCCGGAUGGUACCCAAGGAAUUCCUUUCCGAGGAGAUCAGCGCCAUGAGGAGUGCCGAGACCCAAGAAUCCAAGCAAGAGCCCCGUGUGACGGGACAGGAGUCCUCUCUCACCCCCAGAAGUGCUCCCCAAGCACAGUCCCACCUGGAUCAAGGCUUGGCACCUGAGCACCUCCCCAAAAAUAUCCCUUUCCAAGUAGGGGAGCUGAUUCUUGCAGUGUUCCAGAGACGCCACUCGGAGGUCAAAAAACUGUGCAGGUUAACCAGAGAAGGCAAGCUGGAUGGCAACUGGGGAGCCAUUCCCUUGGUGGAGAUUAUAGGCAAACUUCCCGGACAGUUGUUCUUGACCUCCAGUGGUCGGACAUUGCUAAUAAGGAGACCGGCCUUAGAAGACUAUGUGCUGCUCAUGAAGAGAGGACCAGCUAUUUCCUAUCCAAAGGAUGUGAAUGCAAUGCUGCUGUUUAUGGAUAUCAACCAAGGAGACAAAGUGCUGGAAGCUGGUUCUGGUUCAGGUGCUUUGAGUUUAUUUCUAUCAAGAGCAGUCGGGCUGCUAGGCCACGUUAUAAGUUAUGAAGUCAGAAAAGAUCACCACAGCAUAGCCAAGAAAAACUACCAGAAUUGGCGUGCUUCAUGGGAAAUAGGACACGCUAAAGAGUGGCCAGAUAAUGUGGAAUUCAUUAAUGAAGAUAUUUCAACAGCAGCUAAAAGUCUGAAAACGGAAACAUUUGAUGCGGUAUCUUUGGAUAUGGUCGUCCCUCAGAAUGCUUUGCCUGUGAUAGUCCCAAAUCUUAAACAAGGGGGCGUUUGUGCUGUAUACGUUACAAAUAUCACACAGGUUAUUGGUCUCUUAGAAGCAAUCCGCACCAGCAAGUCAACCCUGUUUUGUGAAAGGGUUGUUGAAGUAAUGCACACAGACUGGUUAGUAUGUCCAGUGACACAAAAAAAUGGCAAUGCUUUCCAGUACAUGAAAUCCAAGGAAAAUAUGGUUGAUGAUCCCACAUGCUGUAAUGAAAAUGACGAGCAGUCGGCUGAACAGACAGUUUUUGUUUCUGACAGAGCAAAGCCACCGUACAUUGCUAGACCUCACCAAUGGCAAAUUGGUCACACAGCAUUUCUUGUCAAACUCCGGAAAUGUAACCCCCCAAAUCCAAACACAGCUCCAGAUGGUGAGUGCUAAUUUGAAGACUGCAUUUUACCAGAAUUGGAUAAAGAAAGGACUAAGUAUAUUUCUUGGAAGCCACAGGUUUUGUUUCUGCUGACAAUACUUUUUGGU